UUUAUAAUUAAAUACAAAAUAAUGGUACUAUAGAUUUCGAUAAACGCUUAUUGUUUAAUAUGCGAGCUCGAUCUUUUCACGGGCUUGCGAGGAUUCCCCUAUUCUUGAAAUUUGGUACAGGUCCAGUCGCUUUAUCUGAUCCAUUCUUGUUUGACUCAGCUUAUUUCUUUUUUAUUUGCGUGAGUUCAGGUACGUGUUCUUUGUGAGGGGUUUAUAACGAACAGGAAACGAGGACGAAAUUGAGGAGAAUGACACUGAAGUAUGAAUGCUCGGAGACCGCACUCUGUGAUAGUUUAAAUGUGAGGUCCGCGCUCUCAGACCUGUACCUGGAGACUCUGCUUCAGAAAAAGGGACCGGUGCAGGCUUCUAUUUCUGCAACCAGUGCUUUAAGUGAAGACCUCCUAAAUGGAUCGAUUGAUCAGAGUGGAAAUGAGAAAAGGAGAGUUCGAUUGGUACAGUUUGAAAGGGAAACUGAAGAGCCCAUGGGUAUAACUCUUAAGUUGAAUGCUCAGCAGAGUUGCAUAGUUGCACGUAUACUACAUGGGGGAUUUAUCCACAGACAAGGAUCUCUUCAUGUUGGAGAUGAAAUUCUUGAAAUUAAUGGAAAAAGUGUCCAAAAUCAAAGUGUGGAUCAUCUGCAAAGUGAAUUGAAAGAAAGCAAAGGAACUGUUGUUUUAAAAGUGUCUCCAACACAGAAUUGCCGCAAAACCCCUCUGCAGAUGUACAUGCGAGCCCUUUUUGACUAUGAUCCAUUGUCUGACCCUCUGAUCCCUUGUCGUGAGGCUGGUUUGCGUUUCCACACUGGAGAAAUACUUCAGAUCAUAAAUAAAGAUGAUCCAAAUUGGUGGCAGGGUCGUGCUCAAGGGACAGAGUCAGCAGGGCUUAUCCCUUCUCCAGAACUGCAAGAAUGGCGUGUUGCAAGCUCUACAUCAGUUUCUCGGAUACCUCAGAGCUGUAGUCCCUUCAGUAAAAAAAAGAAGUGUAAAGACAAAUACCUGGCAAAACACAGCUCCAUAUUUGACCAGCUGGAUGUAAUUUCAUAUGAAGAAGUCGUUUCUCUUCCAGCUUUUACACGGAGAACACUUGUUUUAAUUGGUGUGAGUGGAGUUGGACGCAGCCACAUUAAGAAUGCUUUGCUUGCCAAAUACCCUGAAAGAUUUAGCUACCCGGCACCAUACACUUCUCGCCCCCCCAAGCGUGGUGAGGAAGAAGGAAAAGCCUACCACUUUGUUUCUGCAGAGGAGAUGAGCCGUGCAAUCUCAGAAAAUCAAUUUCUAGAGUUUGGGAGCUUCAAUGGCUACAUGUUUGGGACAAAGGUCCACACAGUGAAGGAGAUUCAUAAAGAUGGCAAGGUGGCUGUCUUGGAUAUUGAACCACAGGCUCUAAAGAUGGUCCGCACAGCAGAACUUGCUCCAUUCAUUGUGUUUAUCUCACCCACUGAUAAAGAGGAGUCUGAUGCUCUUCAGAAGCUUCGUGCAGAUUCAGAAUUGCUUCGCUCUCGCUAUGCUCAACACUUCGAUCUGAUGCUCGUUAAUAAUGGCGUGGAACAGUCUGUACAGGAUAUUCUGGGUGCAUUUAAUAUAGCCUGUACUUCACCACAAUGGGUACCUGUUGCAUGGGUUUACUGACCACUAAUGUAUCAGAAUCACAUCCAUGUCAGGCACUGUAGUAAAAUCUAGUAAAGUCAAAGGAAUUUACAUCAUCUACCCAAAGAACUAUCCUGUAAAGAGCAGUUGAGGUUUUACAAAAUAUGCCUUCUGAACCAUAUUCAUCAAGGCAAAACUGGAGCAGUUGUGAAGUUUGUUCUAGCGGAUACUUGAUGUUUCUACUGCUUUAUCCAUGUAGGUAAAGCAGUAGAAACAAAAUGUAUCCUCUAGAAAAAGCUCCACAACUGCUCCAGAAUUGCAUUAACUAUGCCUUAUUAAAUAUGUCUCUUCAAUGCCUUGUGUUCCACUCACAAACAGAAGGUGGUAUCCUGCCCGUACAAUUCCCUGAAUACCAUGAACAUACCAGAUAUUCAUAAUACAUCUAUUUGACAACAUAUCUCACAAUGUUAAAUGGUAUCCUGUUCAUACAUUCCAUACUUUAAAAUUGCCCCUGUGGGUUUUUUUUUUAUUUCUUUCUAAACUACCAGAUAACAAAAAUGAGGUGUUAAGAGCUUGGAUGUUACUAUUCACUUUUCUCAGGUGAUAUUUUAUGAUAUAAUAUCGCAAAUGUAGUAAGAUAAAAGAUG